AUGGAGACCGAGCAAGAACAGAAACUGGAUGAGUUAUUCUACCGCGAUUCGCAGUGGAUAGCGGAUAAUGGUCGAUAUGUACACGAAAACAAUGUUCUAUUCUACUUCGCUCAAUCUCCAUUCUUCGACAGACAGUCAAACAACAAUUCCGUCUUCCUCCAAGCAAUCAGUGAUCCUCGCUUUUCUAAUUGGCUUGCAACCAGAGAAAACUUCGAAGCGCAGCUUCGCAGGAUUGCAGGUACGGAAUACGUCGUUACUCAUGAUCCGAUAGCCUCAAAGGUACGGUACAAGGACGGCGAGUUCUCGAACAUUUGGGUCAUCCAGAAGCAGGCCCGGAGGAAGAGACCAGGGCAAGAAGACGAGGUUACGCCGUUGGCCAUGUAUUACAUCGUUGGGGAUGCUAUCUACCAGGCGCCGACCAUUGCAAAAUUGAUCGGUAAUCGAAUGCUAUCAACAGUGACUUCCUUGAACAAGUUGCUGGCAACAGCGGCGCCUUUGCCUUUAUAUUCAGCAGCAUACGGUCACACAUAUCUCACGCCUUCGCAAAAGGCUUCGAAUCCUAAACAGACUGGGUUGUCUCAGCAAAGCAGAGAAGACACACCGAUGCCCGACGUUCAGUCAGCAACGCAGCCCAUGAAAUCGGCUUCUAACCAUGACUACUCAGAGUUCGAGGAUACACAAAUGUUUCUUGAGGCCUUGAACCUCUCAAGCCGCUAUGGUAAAGAGUAUAUGGACGAUGCUCCUCUUGUUGGCGAACCCGGCAAUUUCCGAACGUCAAAGGUGAGAGAUACAGCAGCUCCUCCGAAGGAAACCCCAUCCACCGAUAGACAGCCUUCUGCUCAAUCGAAGGAAAAGAGCCCAGCACCUUCUCCUCCGCCACCGAUCCAGACGGACGUGCCGCAAGCGGUUGGAAAGAAGUCAGCAAAAGGUGGCGAUCGAAGCCCCACGACGCCUGGUGGACGAGAGAAGCCUAAGCGAAGAAAGAGUAGGCCUGCUGUUACCCCUACAGAGGCCUGA